GGUAAAUUUGGAGUUGAAAAGGUUGUUUCAGGGACAGGAAUGAACGGCGUGUUGGCACGGGCUCAUCGAGUAGCCUUGCCCCAACGUCGUGGGCACGUAGUCGAUCCUUGCUCAUAUUGUCUUGUUCAUCAGAGAAAUGUAGCAAACCUUAGGAAGCCUUUCUUUAGCACAUCGCUCUCGAAGUCGGCCUUGGUGUCAUUCCUAACUAACGCAGCGCCUGAUGGAAACGGUCAGCUUGACCACCAUCAGAAUGACGCCGCAUCUGGAUGCAACAAUACUUCAAUCGCAAACUCGUCUGCUCGAAUUGUUGCGGCAGCUCGGGUCGCAGCUGCCAUGCGUGCUUUGUCGUGCAUCGCCUGCACGGUAGCAGCCACGGCACUUCUCACCGCGGCCUUGCCCGGUGCAGCCUUUGCGGGUGAAGUUGCUGCAGGCGCUGCCGGCGGGAACCCCGUGGCUGGGCUGCUAAGCUUCAUCCUCCAUCUGGACAAGCAUCUUGCUGCCCUCAUCGCCCAGUACGGCGCCAAGUCAGUGUACGGCCUGCUGUUCGCCAUUGUGUUUGCGGAGACGGGUCUUGUGCUUACGCCCUUCCUGCCCGGAGACUCCUUAUUGUUCGCCGCUGGGGCGUUUGCGGGCAUGGGGCAGUUAGAUGUCGGUGUGCUGUGCGGGGUGUUCAUCGUAGCCGCCAUUAUCGGUGACGCCGUCAAUUACGCGGUCGGUGCCAGGAUAGGCCAGGCGGCGGUGUCUAGAGGAGUCGUCAGUCGGGAGCACAUCGCCAAGACGGAAAAGUUCUACGAAAAGUACGGCGGGAAGACGGUGGUCCUGGCGCGUUUCGUGCCUAUCGUCCGCACCUUUGCACCCUUUGUGGCGGGUAUUGGCAGCAUGCCGUACGGCAAGUUCGCCUGGUACAAUGUGGCUGGAGCACUCCUAUGGACCUUCUUGUUCGUGGGUGCCGGGUUCUUCUUCGGCAAUUUGCCGUUUGUGCGCAAGAACUUCACGCUCGUAGUGCUCGGCAUCGUGGCCGUGUCCGUGAUGCCGGUCAUCUACGAGCUGUGGGCGGCGAGGCAAGAGGCCGGAGAGGCGGCUGCGUCUAGCGGUCGCGACGGUGGCGGCGGUGGUGGUGGGGAGGGAGGCGGAGGGCGUGGGGCGGACGGUGGUGGGCCCGGCAGCAAGCCCAACUUUGCCUGAACGAGGACCAAGUCAGCUAGCUUGUUUUUCGCAGCAGCCCCGCCUGCUUUCAUUCUUCUUCUUCUGCUGCUGCUCCUACUUAUAUCGCUGCUGCUCCUACUUCUAUCGCUGCUGCUGCUAGUACUGCAACUUCGCGCAGUGGUUGUGGUAAUGGUGGUUUAAAUGGUUAGGGUGGUUGGGAGGGGGCCCCGUCGGUACUGACAGCGGACUGGUAGAAGCCGAGCACGACAAAACACACCGACACCUCUCUCCUCCACCCUGACACCCCCCCAAUGUAUACAUACACACGCUCAUGCACACACACUUCUCCCAUCUGACCGUUGGUCGAGGGCGAGGUGGCGAAUGCUGAUGGAGUCGUGAGUGUGUAGAGAGGCAGGCGUUGGUAGGUAGGUAGGUAGGUGGGAGAGGAGAGGGUCAUUCGGGUGCACCUCAAGUGGAGGCUCCUGCUGCGAGUUUGUUUGGACAGAAUUGAACUGUCAGGUGUAUGUAUGUAAGUAUUUAUGUAUGUAUACAUGCGGAUAUCUUUUGUUGUUAAGUUAGGGUUGGGGAGGGGGCCCGCCUAAAGAACGAAGAGGCUCUCCUCCCGUCUCCUGCCAGAGUCAUUGGAGUCCGGUUGGGGAUGAAUGGGUGGUGUUACCCGACAACGGGGAUCCUGUGACCAUCUUGGUUAAAAUAUCUGGGGAAAUAACUAGCACAUACACUAUAUAUAUUUUUUCAUCAUUUUCGUUAUGAAUAAGUGUUAGGUAGCUACUG